UACAGAAGGUUUAUCAGUUAUCUCUCCCGAUAACGACACUGUUAUCUUUAUCGAUAAAAUUUUAUUUUUUUAUAACUGGGUGAAUUGUCACACGUUUUUCUGUAAGUUUGAAGACACGGUUUUAGUAAAAGAAUGGGUGAGAACAUGGAUUUUGGAAUGAAGUGCAUAAAAUAUAUGUUAUGCAUUUCGAAUUUUAUGUUUGUGAUUAUCGGGAUUUUGUUGAUUGUUGUUGGAAGUUCGGUCACUACUCUGUACUAUAAAUAUGAGGUUUUCUUGGAAAGUUAUAAUUUUAGUCCAGCCAUGCUUCUCAUAUCAAUUGGUGUUACCAUGACCUUGGUGUCGCUGUUUGGUUGUGUGGGAUCUUGGAGGAAAAGCACCUUCCUUGUGAACUUAUACACCCUCCUUCUUUGCGUUUUAUUUAUAAUGGAAUUAUCGGCCGCAAUUACCGCGUACGUUAAACGUGACAGCAUCGAGGAAUCAGUAGAGGCGACGAUGAGGGAUACGCUGGAAGAUUACAACAAAGUCGAUGCAGCUACAAAGGGAUGGGAUUUUGUCCAAGAGAACCUUGAGUGCUGCGGUGUACGUAAAUUAAACGAUUGGGCAAUUUACGAAAUCAAUGGCACCACAAUCAUGUUUGAGAACGACGAAUUUGAUAUACCCUACUCGUGCUGUGUGACUUCUUAUUGCCUCUACGUUUACAGCGGCGGAUGUCUUAAUAAAGUCGUUUAUAUUCUGUCACAGAGUGCUUUCAUGAUUGGCACCGGUGCUUUUUGCGUCGCAAUAGUCCAGAUAUUAGGAAUAGUGUUUGGCAACAUGCUGGCUAAAAGUAUACGUCGCGUUAAAACGCAGGAGGAAAUGAAUAAGCAAAAUCAACGUCACAUUAUUUACAAUCUUCAGAAUGAGAAUUACAGUUUGAAACCGACUUCAAAAGCAUAAAUCCUGCAAUUGUUGGAUUAUAUUUUCAAUAUCAUCUUACUUAUUAAUAUCACGUACUUCAUUCUAAGUUUAUUUACAUACAAUAAAAGUAAUUUUACAAAUUGGUUAUGGCAUGAUUCUGGCGGUGUAAAAUAUUGUCGUUGCCGCUAUAAUUGUAGGCGAUUGUAUAAUGCGUGAGUAAUAAAUUACAUUCGCAAUUC